CUUCCUCCGGCUUAAAGCGGGUGACAGCACAGCAUCAUCAUCAUCAUCUGGCCGUCCCAUUUAGCUAAAUCCCCUGAGAUCUGACAUUAUAAACCUCAUAUCUAGUUAUAAUGUCGGCCGAUACGUUGUUGCACGCCGCCAACUUCAGCACGCUGUUCGUCUGCAUGGUGCUGAAGUUCCCGCAGAUUUUUGCUUUGAUGCGGGCGAAGUCAUCGGACGGAGUCAGCCUCAGCAGUCUUCUCCUGGAGUUGAUCGGGUUCAUCGCUUUUGUAACAUACCAGAUGUACUACGACUACCCACCUCCGACGUACCUGGAAUAUCCGAUCCUCAUCGCUCAAGACGCCAUUCUCCUCCUCCUGAUCCUCCACUACAACGGCCGCCUGUGGCAGGGCCUCCCCUACACCUUGCUGUUCGUCGGGGGCUGGAGGCUCCUCACGGUGGAGAAGUGGAUCGUAGAUUUGGCCAUGAGCCUGUGCACGUUCAUCAGCGCUGGCAGUAAAUUUGCCCAGCUGCAGUGCCUGUGGAGGACCAAGGACGCCGGGCAGAUCAGCGCCCUUUCCUGGGCCUUGGCCACCUACACGGGCACAGCACGGAUUUACACCACCAUGGCGACGACCGGAGACACGCUGGUUGUGGUACGGUUCGUCGCCAUGACACUGCUCAACAUGUGGGUGCUUCUCACCGUGCUCCACUACCAGAGGCGCGCCGGCGGGUCCAAGAAACGGGACUAAGCUUAAAGAGCCGGAUCCCGGGAACGGGGCCCGUUCGCUCCCAUCGCAUUCCCAGCAGAGCAAUAACUGGAGUUGCAACAGUUACGAAAGCUGCUCUUGAAAUACUGACCUAUAAAAGAAGAGAUUUUUUUUUAAUAUUGUAAUUACCUGGUAAUGAACCCACAUUUUUUUCCAUUCCCACAUUCCAGGCAGUGUGUGUGAGCAGAGAUCAAUUCAUUCUUAUACUGUAUGUGACACAAACAUCUUCCUACUUUUGUAAAAGUCCUUUUCUGAACUAUUUUAAUAAAGCAGACAUUCUAGCAGCUUACAUUGUGAGCAUUUCAGUCUCCAGGAUAUGGUUCUUUUUUUUUCUUUCAACGUAGAAAACAAAAAAAUCCCAAACCAAAAGGCACAUCCACAUCUUUAUUGUUGAAGUUAUUACUAAAAUAGAGCCGAUUGGUAGCAAACAUGCAUUCUGGAUGUAAAGCCCUUUAAAUACAAAGUGGACAAGGCUGUAUAAAUAAGUGUGCACUGUAUGGCAUGUAAAAUAUAUAUACUGUGUAUAUUUAUAUGUAUAAAACAUGCUUCUUGGUUAAAGGAGAGCACUCCAUACACGCACACACAAACAAACACACAACCCAUACAUACACGGUUACUCUCCACCUGCUAUAUAAGCCACGACAAUGUGCCCAAACUCAUGAGUUUGGUUAUUUUUAAUACAAAAAUAUCAGGACAAACACUUUUAGAAAAACUUUCAACGGAAUAGUGCUGCUCAGUAUUUGGACUCUUAUGAUGUGAUUUCACACCUUCUUGAUUUCUGGUUCUUACUGGUUCAUUCCUCCUCGUUUGCAUUGCAGGGAAUGACUACAACACACACACACAAAAAC